UGUGUCUGUAUACUCUGCGGUUGUCUGUGUUUUAUGAGUGUGUGUGCAUGUGUGUAUUCUGUGUGUGUUUGUGUGUUAGGAGUUUGUGCAUGUGUGCAUUCUGUGCUUGUGUGUCUGUGUAUUCUGUGUGCGUGCGUUAGGAGUGUGAGCAUGUGUGUUUAGUAUGUGUGUGUGUGUGUGUGUUGAGUGAGAGAGAGUGGGUGUAUUAGAGGAAGUGGAGAGGGUAGAAUAUGAGACGAACUCAAGAAGAGAAGUCAGAGAAGAGGAGAGCUAAGGAAGCGGAUUGUUGCUGACUUCCUGUGAUGUAACUUCCUCUAAGAAUCAGUCUGUCUUGGCCAGCAGGUGAAAGUAUCCCUUUGGCACGCCCCUGCUCAGUCUGCUGUCUCUAUUGGAUGAGCUCACCUGUCAGUCCCUGCAUGAGUUCCAGCCCCCCCGGGAUGUAGGUGGCUGAUAGCUGCCGACCUCUGACACAAACACACACACACACAAACACAAACACAUGCAAAUACGCACACACACACACACACACACACACACAAGCACGCACAUUCGCACUAUGAGCACUCCGGCUGAGGUGGUACAACCAUCACGUGCUCCGACCAGACCUCAGAGUCGUCUCCUGGACAGGCGGGGCUCCAACUUGUCACUGCUGUUGGAUGUGACCAGCUUGGGGGAGGAGCCUGUGUGUUCUGUCUCCACUCCCAAGGAGGUGUGGCUACAGCUUUUACACACUGCCUCACGACCACUCACACACACAGAGCUGCAGCUGGCCGCCCUGGACACAACCACAUUGAACACAGAAUACCAGAAAAUUCCUCCAAACUUUGUGAACUCUGAAGAACUUAACGUCCCGGGGCACGCAAUCAAGGACCGCUACAAAACCAUCCUACCUAACCCUGACAGCCUGGUGGUCCUCGGGAGCCUACAGGAAGAGGCGGGACCAGAGGGGGCGGGACCAGAGGGGGCGGGACCAGAGGGGGCGGGACCGGAGCGCUACAUCAACGCUAACUACAUCCGGGGCUACAGGGGGGCCCCGAAGGCCUACAUAGCGACCCAGGGCCCGAUGCUCCACACCCGGGGGGACUUCUGGGACAUGGUGUGGCAGGAGGGGAGCCGGGUGAUCGUCAUGGUGACCAGACUGAAGGAGGACAAGGAGAAAUGUGAGCAGUACUGGCCAGCCCCAAGAGGAGGGGAGGAGGAGGAGGAGGAGGAGGAGGAGAAGCAGAGUGAUGGAGAGGGCUGGUUUGGAAGGUUUCUCCUCAGAGUGAUUGACAGGAAGAUGGAUGAGCAUGUGACCGUCACUGACCUCGAGAUACAGCUGUCCUCAGAACGCCGUGUGGUCAGGCAUUAUUGGUUCACGUCUUGGCCGGACCACCAUGUCCCAGAAUCCACUGCUCCUCUGCUGCGAUUGGUGGAGGAGGUGGAGACUUAUAACAAGUCCCUCCCACCAGCCAGCAAGCCAAUCAACAGCCCUGUACCAAUGUGUCAACCAAUCAUUGUUCACUGCAGUGCGGGGGUGGGGCGGUCCGGCUGUUUCCUGGCCGCCAGCCUGUGCUGCCAGCAGCUCAGAGAGACAUCUCAGCUCGACGUCCUGGAGACCGUUUCCCAGCUGCGCCUCGACAGAGGUGGUAUGAUCCAGACGGCCGAGCAGUACCUGUUCCUCUACAGCGUGAUGGCCCAGUUCAGCAGGCAGCUCACACUCUGCCAGGAGCAGGAGACCCCGACCCUGGACCAGGUCCAGAGCAGACCCGUGGACCAGGACCUCCUGGGACCCCCAGACCUCCUUCUGACUCCCCAGCUCCAGGGUCUCACGCUGGAAGCUCCCCCUCUGAGGAACCCUGGAGAACAGAUGGAGAACCCCCCUGGGGGUCCGGAGAACCCCCCUGGGGGUCCGGAGAACCCUGGAGAUCCCGGGAGACCAACCUAGACCCACUUAGAGCCCAAGAGGACCCUAAAGACCAUCUAGACCCACCCAGAGCCCAAGAGGACCCUGAAGACCAUCUAGACCCACUUAGAGCUCUACCCUGAAGACCAUCAGCCCCACUUAGACCCCUACACUGAAGACCAUCUAGACCCACUUAGACCCCUACCCUGAAGACCAUCUAGACCCACUUAGACCCCUACCCUGAAGACCAUCUAGCACCACUUAGACCCCUACCCUGAAGACCAUCAGCCGCACUUAGACCCCUAGAGGACCCUGUUUCUACUGAUGAAGUACGAUGUGUCUAGAGAUGCUACGAUACCACUUUUUUCCUUCCGAUACCGGGUAUCGGCCGAUAAAGAGUUUGUACCGAUACAGGCAGCAUCUAGCAUUGUAACUAACAAUAGCCCUUGUUCUUAUUGAAGGGUUCUCUUACGAUGACAGCAAAUUAUGGUCGGUUCAUUUACAUUUAUAAUACACAAUUCGAAUAAUACAUUUGUAUUCGUUUAGUUACGAGUUUCCCAUUCCGACUUUCCACCGUUAACGAACGCAGCAUAACACUGCACGUGUUUGUGAUGUUCUUUCUCUGAUGUCGUGUGACGGCAUUGGAUCGGCACAAUGACUUAGACGGCGUACUCGCCGGUACCCGGAUGUAUCGGAGGAAUUUCCGAUGCUGGUAUUGGUAUCCGGAAAACUCUAAUUGUAUCUAUUGCUAAAGGACAUUGUAUCUAUUGAUGAAAUUUAUUAUAUCUAUUGAUAAAGAAAAUUGUAUCGA